AUGAAGAAAUGUGCAUGCCAGAACAACAAGCUUAGCGGCAUCCCCAUGGCACUUUGGGUUGUCCUGCUUCUCUCUAUCCUCAUUCUAGGCAUCUGCCUAGUUGGAGGCCUCACCACGACACUUCUGGACGGAAGCUACGGACUCAGCUUGGCCAUGGUAGCACUCAUCGUCGGCUGCGUGAUCUACGUCUACCGGGUGGCAAAGGAGUACUUGGAGUACCGAGAAAUGGCCGCACGUCUAGUUCGACAAACGUGCGAAUGCGGCGGCGCGAAUGAAAAUACGAGCAGGGCCCAUCUUUCCAAGGGUCCGUUGAGCGAUCCAGAUAAAAUCCGAAAGUCAGGUGUACAACUGAGUAACCAUGGUCCAACGCAAGAUCUGGAUUCAAAGGUGUGA